ACCCCAGGUAUGUAAUCAACACACCACUUAAUAAAAGCUAGCUCCUCUUUCUGUCUUGAGUAGCAACACCAUUUUAAUACUGAUGAUUGAAUGACCAGAACAAUUUUCUUGUCAGUAUAAUCCUGUUCGGCUUCAAGAAGGAAAAUGAAUAGAACUUACCCUCAGAAUUUUGAUACGGAUUCACUCGGUUCAGCCAAAUCCCAUCUCACUGAUAAGACAGCAGGUACCACUCAUGACCAACCAGACUGCUGUAGAAAGUGUUUUUCUUGGACCCUUUGCACUCGACGAUGCAUCUGUGUAUCUGCCAUUAGUCUUAUUAUACUUGGUAUAAUCAUUGCCAUCAUCACAUUGGCUGUGACUGUCGGCAUUCCUCCUCCUACCCCAGUUAACCGUUUAUGUAUGACUACCAGUAAGCAGACAGGCUUUUUAUGUGAUAACAGAGAGACCUGUAUUCCAGCCAGUGAAGUUUGUGACACAAGAAAAAAUUGUGACAAUGGGGAAGAUGAGCAAGAAGCAUUAUGUAGUGAUUUGCCAAACAGUCUCCCUGGAUACUUGAUAUUUUAUUGCAAGAAUCGCAGGCUUUGGAUCUACGCAGACAAACGGUGUAAUGGAUUUAAUGAUUGUGGAGAUUGUUCUGAUGAAAUGGGAUCACAAGCCAACUGUCCUCCUUGUGGAUCUCAGUUUUGGAGUUGUACCCUGGUGGUCUUCUAUGAUUAUUGUACUUGCAUUCCUAGAAGUUUUUGCCGAGAUGGAAUACAACAUUGCUUUGACUGGUCUGAUGAAUACCUCUGUACAAGAUAAGCAGAUGAUAAACAUAACCUUGGAGAAAAUAAAAAGCAAUCCACUGAGAACCAGGCUGCGAUGGAAUUGCAGAUAAUUUUAAAGAGACCUCACAAAGAAUGUUUUAUAUAGUGUUGUUGCUCUUCACGGCACUUGCCCUGCUUGGCUGCAGGGGCCACUUGUUUUGCACUGCAGUCACCUAGUUCUCACAGUGAAGCUAUUCAUCCAUGACAGCCAAGAGGAUUUUGGUUUUCAUUCAGUUUGUCACAGAGCCUGACACUGCUGUUUCCAGAUCAAUGGCUUGUUUAAAUUCAGUCUUUAUAAUCUUCCAAUCUUGCACAGAUGCUCAUGUACCAAUAAAGCACCUCCUUAUAUUUGUACAUCAGAGGUUAUGAACUUUCAGCUUAUAUCAGCUUAAGUUGUUUAUGAGAGGAGUGUUUAAAUAUAUAGAAGAGCCACGUCUGAUAUUUAGAUGGCAGGCCAGGAGCCAACAGUGAGAUCAAGACAAACUAAAACUGAAUUCAAUGAAAUAUAUUUUGUACAUUUUAAUAUUUAUUUAUUGUCCUUUUCUAUCACAUUAGAAACUUGGAACAAAUGGCUGCAGCAAAGAUUUUUGAACAUUGCACUGAACAGGAAAUA